UUAUGCUGUAUAAUUGUUGUGUUGGCUACGUAAAAACGGCCAUUUACCUAGGAAGCCAUCAUUGCCUAUUCAGGUUGUUGCUUGUACCCGCAACUAGUCUACGCCAUCAAACGACACAGCUCAAAUCAUUCACAAUAAAGUCGGAGGCACCGAGUGAAGGAGCAUCUACCAGCAGUUUUCAUUAGGAAGUCUUUGACCCAUGUCGCUUGUUGCUUGUUCCCUUUUGGGCUGUUGCAGAACUGGCGUUAGGCGGUUUGUGUCUUCGUUGGCUAACGCUUGUUUGGGAUAUGCUCAUCUCUUCCAUAACAUUAUUUAUAUAAUAUUUAUCACGAUAAUGCAGCCUCGUGCGCAAUCACAGCUGCAAAUAGACCCGAAGUUGGCAGCUGCAUUUGAAGUUCAACUGCGGCGCCACUGGAACAUAGACCGAGUAGCUGCAUUACUUCGGCGUCAUAUUGCCCGCGAACAAAAGACUUGGCGGGUUAGAAAGUUUGCCGCUCACACAUCAUCAUCGACAUCGGAAGAGAUUAGUGGAGUACAGCGAGAUUAUACGGUCCGUUGGUUUUCAACCGUCUCGACAGGCUUUGGUCUACCUCGCGAAGUGCUAUUCCUCGCGACAGCGCUGCUCGACGAGUUCCUGCAGGUAGUUCGCGCGAAGCCGCGAUUUCUUCAAGUGAUUGCCUGUUCGUGUUUCUUCCUGGCCGCUAAAGUCACCCUCGAUGAUGAUGCGGUUCCUACAUUGGCGGAUUUGAUCCGUAGUGGAGGCUGUGAAUGCAGCGUCUCGGAGGUUCGUCGAAUGGAGAAGGUCAUUCUUGACAGACUUCAUUGGGAUCUCAAUCGUGCUACCACCCUCGACUUCCUCCAUGCUUACCAUGCCUUGCUGGAAAAUAACUGCGAAUCCGUGCUAGGCCCCGAGGGUCCUCGACGGGUGGCGUCUCUCAAGGUUCUCUGGGAGACUAAGCUUCAGCUGUUGCUAGCAAACAACACGGUGCUAGCUAGUGAAAGGCCAUCGAUCGUGGCUCUUGCCCUUGUAUCUCUUGAGAUGGAAGCGCUGUCCACGCAUUGGCUACUUAUCACGGUGGCACUGCAAGCUCUAGCUGACGUCGGCUCCCCGGAAAAUGUAAUCCGCUGUCGCGAGCAGGUGUCCCGCCAUCUGCAGCUGUCUCAGUCGCAGCUCUUGGCGCAGCGAAGGCAGGCAAGCAAGAGGAAGAUGCAACCGGUGGAUGACGAAGAGCAAGACUGCAUCUACGAUUCCAUCAAAAAGCUCUAUGCCAAUGACAGUUACGAAAAUAGUGCCGCUAGCAAUAGUAAUCAUUCCGGUCAUCCCAGUGGAAUGACUGUGGCACAACAAGCGGCAGCAAACAAACCUGCUAUUCCUGUCGUAUGAGCCGAAAGUGUAUCAACUUCGCGUACAUAAAUAUCAACGGCAGCGUUUUACGCGUAACAACAACGACAAGCGUUAUUCCCGAUCUUGGGAUUCGGAGAAAGUGUGUGAUUGGAGAACACGUAAACGUUUAAUUAGAAAGAUUCGAAACGCGUAACAUGGCAUAGAUAAAUCCAGUCGUUAUGCGACAGACGUUUCGUUUAGGUGCGCAACUACUGCAUGACGAUGCGAAAACGACUUCUACUGUGAAUACAGACGUACUCUUGUUAUUACUUUGUGCUCGACAUCAUAUACUUCGGAUGUACAGAGCAACGUCUCGCAGCUUGAAAAAUUAGCCUCUUAACUCUCCUUAAUCGAAACACCAGAAGUGUUAAAAUACCGUUUUUUUGCAUGUUCCGUGCAUAAUAUCUCCGAACAAACGUACCAUAUGACUCGAAUAGACAUGACGAAGUUGACAAGUUUUUGAGUUACGCCUAUGUGAGUAUAAUCGCGUGUUUUUAUUGUCUCUAUUAUUACUGCAAAGCUUAUUAAUGAACACCAAAGUAAACAGUGCGGUUGUUUUUCAAUCUUUCAAUGUGUGACAACUGUAUAUUACUUCAAUGAUUUUUCUUUAUUAUUUAUUUGACUAUUGAAAAAUACGUUAAAACAUUGAAAAUCUGCUAUAUGAUAUUUGAGAAAGAAUAACUGAGUUUUGUCAUGGGAUCAUUGGCCUCUUUCUACAAAUGCUAGACACAGCAAAUGGAAUCAGGCGUUAAAGCCACUUUCUAGCUAGCAGAUUAGUCUUCACUUCGAAGCCAUUUUCGUUGUCGCCAAGAUUGUUCCUUUCAAGUACAUAGGAUCCAUACACGUUAAGCAAGUUAAUGAAUCUCAACAAACACUUAAAGUUGCAUCUAGUACGGUAUGUAAUAAGCAUAUAAAAUAACCGUAUUUCAAUGCUAUACGUUGCCGCAUCUGUAGUCAGAAAGGUCGUGCUAUUUAACGAUAUUUAAUGGUAAGAUAUAGAGUCAUUACAGAUAUUUUUUAGUGCUACUAAUCUUAAGCAUUAUCCUCGUAAUUAUUGUAUUUUAUGAAUAUCGAUUCACCUUGACGAGAAAAGUCAGCGAGACAACUGAUGCCUUAGUAAGUCUCCUUACGAUGGUAUUUUAUGAAAGGAACUGUUUUGUCUCUGAAUAAAACAACCCCAACAGCAGCAAAGUAUGACGAAAACAAGUUGUAAAGCAUCAUCAUCCUUCACCUGUAAUUUAUUUUUUACCGUAAUAAUCAUGCAGUGACUGCUGUUACUACUAUGAAACAGACAUAAAGUAUAGUAUAUAUCAUAUUUUGAUUGAUCAACGACCGUUGCAAUGCCCCGAUGUAGGCCUCACAUUUCUUUUGUUAUUCCGGAACGAUGUUUGGUAUGGAUUUCUUUAGGCGUAUUAGCGCUAAAAACACUCGGGCGGUUACCCUUUCCCAUCCAAAUGUACUGAUUUCAGAGAUCUAAGUAACAUACUUGGGAGAGCUGGCUACCCAAAAGCGGCCAGAAUCCCCUGUGCGCGUUGCGUUGAGCUUUCUUACAGUAUGACAUUUUCCUCUGUAGUACUAUGUACUACCGCCAUGUACUCACAGUACACUAUUAAAAGAAGAGUUGCACGCGCUUGUUCCGUUUGCUUUUGUUCGUUUUGUAUAGAAAAAGAAAGACUUCUGUCGCUUUCUGUCUUUGAAUCGCUAUAUCUAUACUUGGGUUAGAAUCUUCAACAAAAAAAAGAGUGGGAGUAUCAAACGUCGCCGCUGUCGUUUUAGCUUUGUUUUCGUUUCCCGAACGCCUGAGUACCUUUGGAGGAAGGAUUGAUCUUCAACCAAGAGAAAUGUAAUAGUGAAAUAUCUUGAGCAGAAUUGGUGUUGAGUUAUUCAUAAACACGACGUUUCUUAGGCGGCAUACAUUGUUUAGCGGGUUGAACUCAGUUACUUGGUUAAGCUUGCAUCUUCCAUCCACUUGAAAUCCAAUGCAUGUGCAUCUACAAAUUUGUGAUUCUUUUUUCUCAUGGUACGAAUCGGUUUUACCUGGACACUGGCAUCUAGACGCGAAAGACAUUGAGCAAACAUUGAGCGGAAGGAAGACAGAAAAACGAAAAGAAACAUUGCACAAAGCAGAAAAUGUUAAUAAAAAUGUAUAAAAAAUAGAAGGAAAAACUGCCAUAAAAAUCUAAUAUAUGAAAUGUAAAAAAUAUACAUAAAAAUGUAAAAAGAAUGUAUAGAUUGUACGAAAGAAAGUGGAGAAUGGGGCUGAAAUGACGCAACAACAAAGGAGACAAGGAUAUGCUUCUGCCAUUAAUAAAUAAAAAGAGCAACAAAUCUUGGGAGUAUGACAAAUCCAA